GUAAUCCUACCGGGACAAGGAUUAUUCCUGCCAUUUCUGUAAUUGCAAUAGGGAAUUGGUAAACCAUUUGAAAACUCUGAAAGUUCCAUGAAAAGCUGUAGAGAAGCAGAGGAUACAGGCAAGGCGGUUCUUGGUGAGCAAUAAAAUAUCAGGAGUAAUGAUCGUCGUGUAGAGCGUCGAAAGAGGCCAAUACGCGACUAUGAGAAUAAAUUGAAAAAGGAAGACAGACAGGAAGACAAAUUGAAAGGAAGGUCCAUUGGGAGAAUGGACAAAGUCAGUUGGCCGGAUGAGAAGAGGCCACUUCUCUCGUGCGAAUGGAGGAGGAAGAAGACGAGACAAGGAUAUCUUUACAGAGAGAUGCUGUCGGCUUGGAAGGUCUGCUGCGUGCGGGUGCAGCAGCGAUGGGUGUUCGCGAUUAUGGGAUUCCUCGCGGUUUUCAACGCGUACACCAUGAGAAUAUGUCUUUCGCUGGCAAUCACGGAGAUGGUCAUCCCGCUCGAAAGUCAUAACUAUACAGAUGACACCUGUUCGUAUUCGGAUACGCCGUCCUCCGGUUCCUCCGGAGCCGGAACGUACGACUGGGACGAAUACACUCAGGGUAUCAUUUUGUCGUCCUUCUUCUGGGGUUACGUCAUUACUCAUUUACCUGGCGGUAUCCUGGCCGAAAAGUUUGGCGGCAAGUAUGCCCUAAGCUUAGGAAUUCUCUCGACUGCCGUCUUUACGCUGCUCACUCCGCUGGCCGUCCAAUUGGGGGAUUCGACUGGCCUGAUCGUCCUGCGCUUUCUUAUGGGGCUUGGCGAGGGUACAACCUAUCCCGCGUUGAACGCUUUGCUUUCCAAGUGGACACCGCCCCAGGAAAGAUCAGUGAUCGGAUCCUUGGUCUUUGCCGGUGCUCAAUUGGGAACAGUCUUCGCUACGACCACCACAGGAUUCAUCAUUCACUACUUUUCUUGGCCACCCGUCUUUUACGUAUUCGGUUCUAUCGCUAUUCUCUGGUUUAUCAUCUUCACUAUAAUUUGCUACAAUAAUCCCAAUGAGCAUCCGUUCGUCAGUGAGAGAGAAAAGAAAUUCUUACACGGUUUCAUGAAAGAGCACACUCAUAAUAAGGUACCGGCGGUUCCGUGGAGACAUAUUAUGACCUCGAAACCACUAUGGGCCCUGAUCUUCGCUCAAAUUGGACACGAUUGGGGUUUCUUCACGAUGAUCACGGAUCUACCAAAGUACAUGAGCAGCGUCCUCAAGUUCUCAAUAAAGAACAAUGGCAUGCUAUCGUCACUUCCCUACCUCUGCAUGUGGCUCUGCAGUGUCCUGUCAUCCUGGUUGGCUGACUGGAUCAUCGUUAAAGGCUAUAUAUCCAGAACGAACGUGCGAAAGCUUGGCACCACCAUCGCCUCGGUGGGACCUGGUCUGUUUAUCAUCGGCGCUUCCUAUGCCGGCUGCGACAGAGUGACGGUGGUCAUCCUCUUUACUCUCGGUAUGACACUAAUGGGCGCCUUCUAUCCAGGAAUGAAGGUGAACGCCCUGGAUCUCAGUCCAAACUAUUCAGGAACAUUAAUGGCCUUGGUGAAUGGCAUCGGGGCCUUUACUGGUAUCCUGACGCCGUACAUUGUUGGAGUUCUGACGCCAAAUCAGACAGUUUCCGAGUGGCGCUUGGUCUUUUGGAUAGUGUUGGGUGUUUUCAUAAUCACCAAUAUUGUUUUCAUUUUAUACGCAAGUGGCGAUGUACAGCCUUGGAAUUCUCCUGAAUUCCUGAUAAACGAUCAUGAAGAGAAAAGACGGAAAGCCGCCGGAGAGGAGCCGCAAGCGACACCCGCGAAGGAUGGUACGCAAUAGGGGAAGAACGGCGAUCCCGGUGCAGAAAUUAAUAGACGAGUUCGAGUCGGCGAAUUAACAAUUUGCGAGCGUCAUAUAUAAUUCGAUAAUGUUAACUCGUUAAUGCUCGCUAACAGAAUUUCUAAACCUAAUCAUUAUCCUCCAGGGCUCGUACCGCCCACCUCAUUCCGAUUUCUUGCAAUUAGGCCCUUUUCCGAAUCGAGGAUCGAAAAGUAACGACAAAAGAGCAUCACCAAACUUUCAGAUACAUCAGCCACAUCCAUCCCAAUCAGUCGUGUACAUAGCAAGUCACUCAAAUCGCUCGGCGACUUUUAGUACCGAGUGCUGGCUCUUAAUGUAUCUUUCUAUAAUACGUAAUGUGUAGCUUUAGCGGUGUCGUGACCAUCGACAGGCGCUACUCAUCCGAGGAAAUACAUAUUAUCAUGAUAUAAUAAGGACCUCUCAUAUUUGUAUAUUCAUAUAUAAUACUUGGAUAAAUGUUCAAAGAAAUUUUCGGGUACUAUUAUAUUUGAUGCAUGGAUUGGAUGCUUUCGAGAAGCUAUUGUCGGGGCAAUGAAACGGCACUCGUAUCGAAUGUCCAAGACACUUUUCAGGUUAGAUUAGAUCUUCAGUGCAAAACACCCCAACGUUGAUAUAAGUUAUUUUUUAAGCAUUUUUAACUUACGUAAUUAACGUUGCUGUUUCCAAUCUGUUUUUAAAAUAUACUUUACACAUAUUUUUAAAUUUAACUCUAUUAUUGAAGGUAUCUAAGGAAAAGGUGUCUGAGACGCCAUAUAUUUUAGCGUGUUAUUCGCUAUAUGUAUAUGUAUAUAUGUCAAAUGAGAAUUCUGCUUUGGCAUGGAA